AUGUCGUCUUCGUCUGGAUUCAGUUAUUAUGUGGUAAUCGUUGGCCAAUCAGAUAAUCCGAUCUAUGAGUUGGAGUACUCGACCAAAACGGGAGGCGAGAAGGGAUCAGAUCACAGAUAUCUGACACAAUUCAUAGCUCAGGCGGCGCUGGAUUUGGUGGACGAGUAUGUCUUCACCACAAACAACAUGUAUCUGAAAUGUGUGGACAAAUUCAACGAAUGGUUUGUCACGGCUUUCGUCGGAUCCAAUCAAACGAUUCGUUUCCUAUUACUUCACUCCUCGCCGAAGAUCGACGACAACAACAUUAAGUCAUUGUUUCACGACUUGUAUGAGUUGUACACCAAGUUUGCGGUCAAUCCUCUCUAUCAACACCACUCGCAGAUCAGAUCCAAUCUCUUCGACAAAAAGGCCCACUUAUUGGCCAAAAAAUAUCUGCCGUAA